UUUUAUAUUCUUUUCCCAUAUAGACCAUUACAGAGUAUUGAGUAGAGUUCCCUGUGCUAUACAGUAGGUCCUUAUUAGUAAACUAAACAUUUUAAUCUUAGCUUAUAUUUCUAAUUCAUUCUAAGUUUAUAAUCAUAAUAUAACAAUAGUUGCUAUACUUUAGAAAAAAUUCCUACAUAAUCUUAACACUUCCCUCGAUUUUAUUCUGUGUAUCCCUUCUCAAGCCUUUGUUAUAUGCAUGUUUUUAUAUCAUUGUAAAUUUUGCUUAAUAUUGAAAUUAGAUUUGUGUGUGUGUGUAAUUUUUUGGAACAACAUGCAAAUGAAGAAUCUAUCUUUUACUUAGUUUAGGAGAUCACCUAGCACUUAUGAGAAUCAGAAAAUGACUCUUUUCUGGAGUCACUGUAAUUUUUGAAGUAGUCACACUCAGAUGACAAUUUUAAGUACCGGUGUUAUUAUGGGUAGUAAGAAAUAAUUUUUAUCUUUUAAUGUUAAGUAAAACUCACAGUUGUUAUGUGCGUGACAGCAGCUAUACAGAAUCAUUCUAGGUUUGUAAAUAUUAGAUUUGACCGUGUUGCUAGGAAACCCAAAAAGAAAUUUAAAUAAGCAGGAAACAUCACGAAAUCUAAAUUUUGUUGUUAUAAACAAUGCAGCUUUGAGUUCUGUUCUGUGAUCAAAAGGUUGGUAUAAACGAUUUUAUUUGUACGUUAAAGAAAAGAAACUCCUUGCAACACAGUGAUCAUUUCCUGUUUCAUUUUUCAUUUUCUUUUCGAGUGAAGAGCUUUUGUCCCUCACUAGGAGUUGCUUGAAAUCGCUCGGAAGGUCUGUUCCGAAUUUACUACUUCUGGAUUGGUUAAGAUCCCCGUUAAGAGUGUGCUUUGUUCUCUGAAAGCUUUGGUCAGUUGAGCAACUUGCGGCUCGUGGUAAAAAAAAAAAAAAAAAAGAGCUGAGUAAUGCUGGAGCCUUCUCAUGUGGCUGAUGCAAACCUGGAGAAUUUGCAUCAUCAUCUAGCUGGAGUAAGUUGGUGAGACAGGCAGCAGCUUAAAUACCAGCCCAUGAGGAAGUUGAGCUGGGCUGUAAUGAUAGGGCGGCAGCCGCAGCCUCAGCAGCAGAGGUAGUCGGGGAGGUGGAGAAACCAGAACACCAUGAACGAGCACACAGGUGUUCCUGUGAGUAAUUAGAUUGCGGAAGGUGAAAAUACACCUUAGAGUUUUUACCUGGGAGCACACUAGCGCUGAGAAGGAAUCUGAAGGCAAAGAGGAAGAGAUCAAAUCGGUCAGUCACCCCAAGAGACACCAAAGUUGAAAGUUUGGAGGUUUUAUUCUUUUAAUUUUUUUUUUUUCUUUCUUUCUUUCUUUUGCUCUGUUUGCUUUUUACCCUGCGGGUCACUACCAUGGUCAGAAAGGCUGUGGCAUCCACCAUCUCCAAUGGGGGUUACCUGCAGGGCAGUGUUAACACGAGGCUGUCUUCCCUGGGUGGCAAGGAGCCACCUGGGCAGGAGAAAGUUGUGCUGAAGAGGAAGAUCAGUCUGUUGAGAGGGAUCUCCAUCAUCAUCGGCACCAUCAUCGGAGCAGGAAUCUUCAUCUCUCCUAAGGGCGUGCUCCAGAACACGGGCAGCGUGGGCUUGUCCCUGGUUGUCUGGACGGUGUGCGGGGUCCUGUCACUGUUUGGAGCCUUGUCCUAUGCUGAACUGGGAACAACUAUAAAGAAAUCUGGUGGUCAUUACACAUACAUUCUGGAAGUCUUUGGCCCGUUACCAGCUUUUGUGCGAGUCUGGGUAGAACUGCUCAUUAUACGCCCUGCAGCCACUGCUGUGAUAUCUCUGGCCUUUGGACGGUACAUUCUGGAACCAUUUUUCAUUCAGUGUGAAAUUCCUGAACUUGCAGUCAAGCUCAUUACAGCUGUGGGCAUAACUGUGGUGAUGGUCCUAAAUAGCAUGAGUGUCAGCUGGAGUGCCCGGAUCCAGAUUUUCCUAACCUUUUGCAAGCUCACAGCAAUUCUGAUAAUUAUAGUCCCUGGAGUGAUGCAGCUAAUUAAAGGGCAAACACAACACUUUAAAGAUGCCUUUUCAGGAAGAGAUGCAAGUAUUAUGGGAUUGCCACUGGCUUUUUAUUAUGGAAUGUAUGCAUACGCUGGCUGGUUUUAUCUCAACUUUGUUACUGAAGAAGUGGAAAAUCCUGAAAAAACCAUCCCCCUUGCGAUAUGUAUAUCCAUGGCCGUCGUCACCAUUGGCUACGUGCUAACAAAUGUGGCCUACUUUACGGCCAUUAGUGCCGAGGAGCUGUUGCUUUCAGAGGCCGUGGCAGUGACUUUUUCUGAGCGGCUCCUGGGAAAUUUCUCAGUAGCAGUUCCAAUCUUUGUUGCCCUCUCCUGCUUUGGUUCCAUGAAUGGUGGUGUGUUUGCUGUCUCCAGGUUAUUCUAUGUUGCAUCUCGGGAGGGUCACCUUCCGGAAAUUCUCUCCAUGAUUCACAUCCGCAAGCACACUCCUCUGCCAGCUGUUAUUGUUUUGCACCCUUUGACGAUGGUAAUGCUCUUCUCUGGGGACCUCUACAGUCUUUUGAAUUUCCUCAGUUUUGCCAGAUGGCUUUUUAUUGGGCUGGCGGUUGCCGGGCUGAUUUAUCUUCGGUACAAACGCCCAGAUAUGCAUCGUCCUUUCAAGGUGCCGCUGUUCGUCCCGGCUUUGUUUUCCUUCACGUGUCUCUUCAUGGUCGCCCUUUCCCUUUAUUCAGACCCAUUUAGUACAGGGAUUGGCUUCGUCAUCACUCUGACCGGGGUCCCUGCCUACUAUCUCUUUAUUAUAUGGGACAAGAAACCCAGGUGGUUUAGAAGAAUGUCAGACAUUACAACCAGAACAUUACAAAUAAUACUGGAAGUCGUACCAGAAGAAGAUUGUCAUAAAUUAUAAAUCAAUACAUUUGAAGUCCUGGCAAUUUAUCCUUGGCUUUGUUUCUGCCCAAAGGGCUGAAACAAAAAAUGGAUCUUCUAAGAAAUUUAGUUAUUACUCCAUGUGGUUAUAGAACGCUGAUAUGCAAUUAUACCAUAAGUUCACAUGAUCAUUAAGUCCCUGAUACCUACCUAUUGAGGUUAGGAAAAACGACUACAGAAUGGAAAUUACUUUAGUGGUCUUUCUCUAUAACAUAUCUUAUGGCUAAGAACCUUCAGACUGAAAACUGAGAUGUUUUCUUUAAUAUGGGUUUUGUAAAAACAAUUUUUAUAUACUAUAGAUAACUGUACUGUGAAAAUUGUUUUCUACUCUUCUGGGGAAAACAAAAAAGUGUAUGUCAUCAUUAUGGACAGAGGAAAGAAAGAAAUUUAUUUUACAUUGGCAUUGCAUUGCUUCCCACAGAUAUCAACUUAGAUAUCAUACAUGUUUUAAUGGAUUAUACCCAGAGCAUUUUGAAAAAGAAAAAAAACUUAGGGGUAUGCCUAAUUGUGAUGAAUACAUUAAAGAAGAGUUUCUAGGGGCUAUUGUUUAUGAGGCAAAUCCAGGAAUUAUGUUUAAGUAAAAAAAAUGCUUGAGAAUUUAUUAUGUUAGGAUUUUUUUCACUCAUUAUCAGGAAGCUCCGUAGUUACGUGCCAUUUGUUUUCAUGGCAGCCUAAUUGAUCAGGAAAGGAUGUAACGCCUGUCCUAGAGCAAAACAAAAGUCAGUUUGGUAUUAAAUCCUCUUAAGCAUGA